AUGAGGAAUCCCCUCCUAUCCACCCUCCUCCUCGGCUCAUCCCUCCUAGGAGCCGCAACAUGUCUCAACACGACCAUAUCCAAUUCCUUCGUCAACAUGUUUUCCACAGACGGUGAUCUCAUCGAUUCCACCUCCGGCAAGAUCGAUUAUUUCGAAGGCCGAUUUCUGUGGUACGGCUUAAACUUCGGUUGCGGUGAAGCUUUCUGCGGAAUCGAGAGUUGGAGUUCGCUGGAUUUAGUCACGUGGUCCUCUAAUGGUCUCCUCUUCGACCCCAAAGAAAAUGCCACGGCCACCAUCUGCGAAGCAUCCGGCGAUUGUGGAAGACCACACAUGCUCUAUGAUUCCACUCGUUCCCUUUACAUCCUCUGGGUCAACGCCGGUGUCCCUGGCUACGUGAUUUUCACAUCCUCUUCUCCCACCUCCGGAUUCGUGCCUGAAUCCUCCCGUGCUCUCGUGGGAUACCAACCUGAUCCCACCACCCAUCAAGCGGGCGAUUUCUCCGUCGCCAUGAUCAACGGAACGGGUUAUAUCGCCUAUUCAAUCAUUGAUUUUACCACUCUCGGAGCCUCCAUCUGGCCUCCAUUCAAACAGUCCAUCUACAUCCAGCAACUGACCAGCGAUUUCAUGAACACGACUGGAAACGCAACACAGGUUCUCCCCGUAGGAGAUCUCGUGGACUUCCAAGCCGAGUCUCCGGAUAUCUUUUUCCGCGAUGGUUAUUACUACAUCUCCGCAUCCAACACGUGUGGUUUCUGUCAAGGAACAAUUUUGAUCAUGUACCGCGCCACCGACAUCUCCGGUCCAUGGACUCGCCAAAUCAUCAGCAGCGAUACAUGCGGUGGACAAACCACCGGUGUUUUGACCAUUCCCUCCCCCACCGGCGGUGACGCAGUAUAUGUCCACCAAGCCGAUAUCCAAGCCAGCGCUCCCCUUGCCGGACCCCGAAACGCACAACACGGUCAUCAAUUCCAAGUUCUCAACUUCAACUCCGACGGUUCGAUUCAAGACUUGGAUUGUUCCGCCUCCCUCAGCAGCACCAUCGCUCUCCCAUCCACAAACAGCAGUACCUCCAUCAACGGACUAGCCAAGAGCGCCCCCCUCGGUUCCGGAAACGAACACCAAGACUACUACCUCAACUGUUCGCUCCCCCAAUACGCACUCUACCAAACCUUCUCCACCCCACAAUCCGGAAACCUCACAAGCGUCAGCAUCAACCUCGCAGGCGACGCCCCAACCGACAACGUGACCCUCACCAUCUUCCGCUUCUCCAACACCACCGCGCUCUUCUCCCCUUUCUACCAAUGGGAAACCCUCUCCACCAUUGACGUCACACCCUCCGAACUAAGCGCCGCCGUGCUCGCCAUUUCCAUCCCCAUCGGACACGAAGUGUCCGCAGGCGACAAUAUCGGCAUCGCCAUCACCAGUUUGGGAAUCACACCCGUAUGUGUCGCGAUGCGUGGGACAGCCAGCGAAUACGCGACUGCGUGGGCGGGAUCUGCGAAUGGAGGGUUUAUCCCCGCACAGAAUGUAGGAGAGAAGACAGCUGACACGGGAUCGGGCGCGGUUUUGUAUGCGCAGGGUGCGAACCAGGUUAGUUUUAGAGGAAAAAAUGGGAAUGAGGUUCCGAUUUUGGAGGUGAGUGGGAGAGAACUCAAAUGGUAUGCGAUUGUUGAAUAG